AUGGCUGAACAGGCAGGUUUAAAGCUGUUUCCAGCCAAGCUGACCGCACUCGAGUUUACUGAACAGCCUCCAGAGCCAUGGAAGCCCACGAAGCUCACGGAAUUUGGCGUUACCCUGGUGACGGGCUAUAUUUCAAUGUUCCUGUGUCACUUCAACGACAGUCAGAUCUCUAGCUGUCGCCGACUAAGCCAACCAGCCUUCGAGUUCACCAAAAAGACUUCACAGCCGCUGCAGGUGGAAGCUCAUCGAAGAUUGGAGCUGGACAUACCGAGGGUUGUUUACACCAGAGUAUCCGAGAUGACAUGGCUCGCGACAGUCUAA